ACAACUUUCUACUUUUACCAGAAUUUAAAGAUUCUAAAAUCCCUAACUUACAGUGCCAUGGACCACAUCUUGCCGGACGAAAUCUUGCGGCAAACCUUCGAACAAUUCUUGACGCCCUUCCAGCUGAAAUCGGUUCGCCUGGUCUGCCGGGACUGGAACCGACUAGUUUGCGACUCGGCCAAGCUGCUGGACCGGUACAGAAUCACGGUUCCCGCCGGUGGCGAUGCACUUGGAGGGUGGCAGCACGUGACCACUUCCCGUUACACAACGGUCCAGGUUUGGAAUCUUACCGUCGGAAUGGUUCCGUCGGUGCCUCUUGCGACGACCAUUCGCAUUCUCCGGCUGGUGAAUCCAUGGAUAACGGCCAGACAGCUGGUCGGGAUGUUGGGUUGCCUGCCAAAUCUCGUGCACCUGGGAGUGGUUGCGGUGGACAACUUCAACUACGAGCUUUACGAGACGAUGCCGGCCGUGCAUUUGGACAGUUUGGAGUCGCUCAAUCUGAACCUUGGUGUAAAGGAUGAAUUUCUUUGCAUAUUCCAAGGGAUCUGUCCCCGCCUGAAGGGGCUUCAGGUGAAUAUGGUCAUCAAGAAGUACCUGGAGGCGCCGUACGGAACAAAGCUGCUCGAGUUUAUCCGCUCAACCCGCAACACGCUGGUGGAUGUGUGGUUUAACGGAAUCGAGUUCCGCGAAGAGUCUCUGCUAAGGGACAUUGCGGCAAUCGAAGGGUUGAAGCUGAAGGAUGUAACGCUAACCAACAGUUUUAUUCGUCCAUCCGACAUUGUCCAUCUCUGCCAAUCGCAAACCAGCAUCAAAACGUUGAAGCUCCCAGCUUGCAACAUUGGAAGCGAGAUUCUAACAUUGAUUGCCACACACCUGCCAAACCUGAAUGAGUUGAAAGUACAAACUGAAAUCGUUGCUUUGCAGCACAUUUUGUCCAACCUGCCUCGCUUGCAGAGCCUGAUGAUGAGAUACGCAGGCCAAUUCAAUGAAAUUCUAAAUCUGAGCGCUUGGCAAAACCCACAUCUACUGCACCUUAACCUGGACGGUUUCUUCCUCACCAGCACCACUUUGCUGACGUUCUUCAAAAGAUCUCCAAACAUUCAAACGCUGAAGCUAUACUUCCACUCCACGACCUGCGCUUACGAUCUGUUUGUGGUUGCCGGGCAGCUGAAAGAAUUGCGACGGUUGACUGUAUCCUUUACCGGCCUCGCCCCAACUCCGAUUCACUUUAUGGACAUUUCGCUGAGCCCGUUCCGAAAGUUGCGCCAGCUGGAAAUAUUCGGCGAGCUUUAUUGCGACAUCCUCGGUGAGCUGCUUGAAAACUGCCCCCUGAUGCAGGACUUGAACCUGACCCGGUGCCUAAUAACGGACGACGACAUGCUGCUGCUGGUACCGUUUAUGAAGAAUCUUACCAAACUCUCCUUCGGUUAUUUGCAAGCAGUCGGCGUGUCCUCCUACCAGCUGGUAAUGCAGCGAUGCCCCAAGCUGGAAACCUUUACCAUCGCCAACUGUCCGCUAUUCGGCCACUUUGUGCCGCAGCAAUCAUCGGUGCGGGUGAACUACCAGCCAUAUUUUCAUACCUCAUACUGACAGGUGUUCCGAAUCGAACGUACGAAUAAUAAAUGCUUAAUGUUGAGAAAGUUUCGUUAAGCUCGAUAUUUAGCUAAACUGAACAUGUUGUGGAUCUUUUUGUUGUAGUCAACAGGGCCAAUC